UGCCGGUAUUUAGGCCUAUGCUCAGCACUUAUGGCCAUUGAGCAGGGAGGGGUCUUUAAUGUGCCACACCUACUGCGACAAGGGGGCCUCGGUUUUUGCGGUCUCAUCCGAGGAACGCCCCAUUUAAUCGCCUCUUACAACAACAAAGGGGUACUGAGGACCUAUUCUAGCCCGGAUCCCUACAAGAAAACAGUCUGUGAAAAACAACGUUAAAUUCCGCCAUAUUCCGGAACGCAUGCAGCACAAACAACCUGAAGCUUCCGACUGUCCACGAAAAUGCGUAAACACUUUCCGACUUGACAACAUCACUGCCCUGUUUCUGAACGAGACAUAACAUAAACCCGAACAGAUCAUAUCGUCACGAACCAGGAAGGGGAGCGGUGAUUAUUAUUUUUUUUUUAAUCUUCUAGUUGUACUUUCCCAAAUGCCAUCUGGUUUCAUAUAUAAUUCACAUAUUAAUUGCCUCGCCUGCAUCCUAGGGGGACGACAUUAUCCUUUUUAUCGAAGGGGUGGUAGAAGGAUCACCGGUUUAUCCAGUUCAUCACAGCCGAGUAAUUUAUAGGACAACAGCACGUAAUUAAAACACUUGCAUUUUGCAACAAACACAAACGAAAACAUUGAUAGGAUAAUCAGAAGUGAAUUGAUGAGCUAGCACUUGCCCUACAGAGAAUCAAAAAGUGCUUUUUACAAUUAUUCGAGGUUUGGCAACUCCAGACAGGAAUUAAUUCAAGAGUAGGGAGAUACUGAUUCUAUAACGUUAACACUGCUCAUAAGCUUCUAUCGGUAUAUGCAAAGCACACGAAUGACUAUUUUUUUUUCUAGCUGUAACACAACAUUCAACCAAUUUAGAUUUGAGCAAUCACGUAUUCUUUACGAUGAUUUAGUCGUCAUUUAUGUGAUAAGUUAUCUAUAUCUGCCUGCGCUUUUAUUGACUCGAAAUUCAAAAAUCAAAGUCUUAAAAUAAAAAUCCAUAUCGUUUUUAUUGAAUUUGAGUGCACACUCUCAUUAAACAUGCAAAGAUAUGAAGAAAUAUUCCGUUCCAGGGUACUUCUUUUAAAAUGACGUAAUAGGUUGUAUAUUAUUUGCUUUUACACACCGUUGUUCGAAAAUGUGGCAUGGUAGUCAAAGAUAUCAAAGUCAAUUUACUGUAAAGCGUAGAAAGAUAUAGAUUAUUUUUCCCCUGUGUUUUUGUUUUAAGGAUUUACAUUCAAACCUAAUUUUCUUUCAACGUUAGUUACAAGCUUACUUUAAUUUUUAGGAAUGUCUCCAACGAACUUUGCCAAAAGAAAACCAUUUAACCAUUGUUAAAACAAAGACUUUAAUCACAAACCGUGUCUCUGUCAAUAUGCAUCAAUUUAAUAGCUUUUGUAUCUUUAAUGUUUGUGUGAACUUUGAUCCGAAGACACGCUUAUUUAGGAAAUUGAUAUUUUUUAUUUGGUUGUUUGGGAACUAGGUCUGUGAAUAAUUAUUCUACAUAGACCUUAGGCAACUCUUUUAAACUAUAUGGUAGUUUGAUCCUUUGUUUAUCUUUGUCGGGGAGAUUUUCCAUACUACGACCAAUUACUCAAAAACAAAAAAACUGCAUCGAUAAAAGCAGUUCCAUGCAUCGAUCAGCGUGCACGGGUUAAAAACAGCCUCAGAUUGAUUGAGCAGAACGUAUUCAUAUUUCGUAUUCUCUUUCCAGUAUAAAGGGGGUUGUUGUAUAAUUCAUUUGAACCCUGUCAUUAAAUCAAAAUGAUUUUUUAAAACAGUAACAGAAAAGUCAUUCCAAAAGAAUUCGCUUGAAUUCUUUAAAUGAAUUAAGGAAAUCGUACGUUUCAUUCCCGAUAUCAACUUAAAUCCUCUCAUCUUCGCUAGCCAAGGGUGACGAUUCGCUUCUCUCCUCUUCACGGCCAGCGAAAAUGAAGGACAACCUGUAUCUCUUCAAGUAUACGUAUACAGAGAGCGAUUUUUACUACAUUUCACAGAAUCCUCUUAAUCUCGCCUUGACUGUUAGUGAUAAUCUUCCCAUCUUAUCAGAAGGGGAGUGCAAACUCGUGUCCACACAUGGAUUACGGGCAUUCCUGAGACCAGGGUCAUAUCUGCACAUUGCCUAGCUAUCGCGUUUACAGUAAAGCUGCUAUUUUCAUCAUCGCAGAUGGUCUGCCUUGCAAUCCAAUCAAAUCGCUUUGAUUUACAUCAGCGUAGUAAAUUUUCCAAGAAAGAAAAUAAAUAUCCCUAUUGAAUUGUGUCUGUUUUUAUAUAUGUGGUAGGUAAUUCAAGUACUUGUAAGUUUUUAUUUCUUGGUUGCUGAUUUAGGAGAUUUUCUGCUAUGUUAUGUGUGACAGAAAUCUACUGAGAGGCCCUGGAAACGUGACCACAUGCUUCUAACCAUCCAUCAAUGCGUUCCCAUGUCCAGUAACAUCGACAAAGUGACGAUUAUCUAUAGCAGAUAUUAAAGCUCAAAGCAAUCUUUAGCUUAACUGCUCAUAAAUCAGGCUACUUAAUUGGAGUGUUCUAUAAGUGUAUACCUCUUGUCAAGGAAGGGUUACAGUUCAUUAUUCCAUUCUUUAAUGUCGGAGGAAAUUAAAGGUUAUUUUAUAAGUAUUGAAAGCGCCGUCUGUUAGAAACUGCCAAAGCGAACCUUGAUUGCCACUGGACGUUAUUAAAAUAGGUUCAUUAUUGGUAUCAGCAGAGAACUGCCAUCGAUCACUGAAGGUCGGGAAUAAGAAUAAAGCAGUAGACAAAAUCACAAUAAAUUGCUUAAUUGAAAAUGUAAAUUAUUAUCGGAAAGUUGUGCUAGUAUACAUAGUUUAUACAUAGAGCAUAUGGGGAUUUAACGCCGAGGAUGUGCAGACUGUAUUAAAGCAGUGCUUAUUGAGAGACGAAGUAUCUCUGUAGAACUAUGGCCGGAAGCAACGAAAAUGAACAAACGUUCUCAAAAGAAGAGAAAGACGAUGAAAAUUCAGACGAAAUAGUUGAUAAUGUAGAAACUGUGAAAUUUAACAAUGGACAGUACACUAUGGGAGGAGAAACUGAGGUAGUCCUUAUAUGUGACGAAAAUCCAACGGAAGGCGAGGAACAACGACACCGUCGAUGUUGUCUCUGUUGCAUUAAUUGCAGAAGUCGUUGUAGGAAACAAAGACAAAAUGAUAAAAGCAAUGUGUCCAAAAAUGAGAAGGAAACUAAAAAACAGUCUUCUCAAGUCCGAAAUUUGUCCAAGGGUCAGCGCAGAAAGGAAAUGUGUUGGAAUUGUUGCAAAAAGUUCACGGCGUUCCUGUUUUCCCACAUAGGGCUAUGUGGUCUCGUCAUCGCGUACUCCAUAAUGGGGGGCUUUGUCUUCAUGUCGCUAGAGUCUAGUCAUGAAUUACUGGAGAGGGGGAGUAUGGAUAUGAGGAGGAAAGUUCAGGUAGAAAGAUUAUGGAAUAUUACCGAAGUAUCUCUGAUUCUAGGUAAGAAAAACUGGACUUAUGAAGUGGAAAAAGUGCUGAGAGAAUUUCAGACGGAUAUAUUUGAGGCCACCAAAUUGCGAGGUUGGGAUGGUCAGAGCGAAGAUGCGGACGCACAGUGGUCAUUUGCGAAUUCCCUCUUGUAUUCCAUUACCGUCAUAACCACAAUAGGUUAUGGACAUAUUGCUCCAAAGACCGACAUGGGGAAGUUUAUAACGAUAGUCUACGCUCUAGUUGGUAUACCGAUUACUCUGCUGUGUUUGACAAACCUGGGAGGAUUUCUGGGAAACUGCUUCCGGUGGUUUUACAAACAUGUUUGUCUUUUGACAAUAUGGUUGUGUUGUCCAUCUCAGGCAAAGUGGUCAUCCGACAGAAAACGGGACAGAAGCAUGAGCAGAACUCCGGAGAAAGCAACCAAUCAUUCAAAGAUGAUGAAUAAAAAAGACUUAUCUCAUGACAUUGUAGAGAAAGGCGAGUUAAUCGACAGUAGCGAAGAUAUAGCAAUGGCUGUGAAUGCCAAACUUCCGAAAGAGCAGGUGCGCGUUCCGAUUUUCGUCAGUCUAAUGCUGAUUACACUGUACAUCUUUGGAGGCGCCAUUUUGUUUUCGGAGUGGGAGGGCUGGCCGUGGCUAGACGGCGCAUAUUUCUGCUUCAUUACACUGAGUACGAUCGGAUUUGGAGACCUAGUUCCAGGAAUGAGGUCCGACUCCGUGGCGAAUCAAGAAAAACUUAUCAUCUGCUCAUUUUAUCUAAUAUUUGGACUUUCUAUUAUUGCUAUGUGUUUUGACUUGAUGCAGGAAGAAGUUCGGGCGAAAUUUAGAUGGUUAGGUGAAAAAUUAAAUCUUAUUGAAUCCAAAGAGUAAUUCCAAAAUUAUACUAUGUAUAGAUAUUUUAUUCAUCAAUUUCUCCUUCAAUAUUCUCUGUCACAUCAGAUUCUAUAGCUUUAUGACGUCAAUUAUAAUCACAUAUUUAAGAGAAUUUUAGUAAUUCAGCUUCGGAUUAUUCACGGAUGAUAAUUCCAUGUUAUUCAUUUAUACGUAAUUCAUUAUCUAGAUGCACGCAGUUAAUGUUUAAAGAUACAAGCGGAGAUGAGCACUGGAGGCGAUAUAACCUGUGGUUUGAUGCUUAUAGAUACAAGUCAUCCACACCUGUAUCGUUGCAAUUGUUCUCCUUUGUCAUAUGAAUGUUUCAAAUUUUCUAUUUCAUUGCAUAAUAUUUACAUUAAAUUCCAGCAUCACAGUUCAAAAUUAAAUUAUUUUUAAAUUAAAAUUUCUUCAUGUAUUUAUCAUUCAUUUUGAAUUUUUGUGCGUUAUUAUCAUUGUUAUUGUUUGAAAUUUUAAUGAUAUCAUUGUACUUUACAAAAUAUUGAAUUAAACUAAUAACAGCUUUUGAAUAAAUGAGAUUGAUCACUGUU